AUGGAUCUUCCGCAGCCACAGAUAACAGCUAGGGACCCUCGAUAUCAGUCGAUAGAUCCUGUAGUGGCAAAGGGUGGAAGAGGAAAAUCCAUUCUUGUAAGAACCGGUAAAUUUGGCCUAGAAUGUAACAAAGACUGUCGAUGCUUUACAGACACAGGAACUUGUUCUUCAGGAUGUGCUGCAGGUUAUACAGGGAUGGGAUGUCAGAAAACAUGUGAUGAGUAUCACUAUGGCAGUCAAUGCAAAUUAAAUUGCUCAAAUAACUGUAUGGACUCAAAAUGUAACAACACCGACGGAUUUUGUUUACAAUGUGACGAUAACUCACAGGGCUUCUUUUGUGAGAUAGAACAACUUAAGGAUGAUAGAAAAUAUGAGGGCAUAGCGGUGGGGAUCGGGAUAGGUGUUGCCAUAGGUGUUGUGCUCACAUCCCUACUAGUUUUACUUGCUGCCCUCAUUCUGUACCGCUUUAAAAAAGUGUCACGACGUAGAAAGUUGGACGUCAAGCAACGUACAACAGAGACGGAACCUGGCAGAAUUUACCGGACAGGUCAAUAUUUCUUAGAAUUAUUUUUUUCAGUGAUAUCCCGGCAAGUUCAGAAAGUGUCCAAACAAUGUUAA